UCCAUUUAAUUUAUAAACGAGCCAAACACGAAGGAGAUAUUUGGAUACACUGUCACCACCUCUCGUGACUCUGUCAUCGACUGACUCAUACCUACUCUCUCAUCUGUCUGUUAACCACACCAGUCAUUCAAUCGAACCCUAAUUUGACGUGUCUCGUAUGGGGUGAAUCGACAGUUAUUAUGGAGUGGGACAGUAGCAGUUCUGAUCUAAGCGGAGACGAUGAAGGAGGCUUCUUAUUGAACGAUGGCGGACCGCUGCCGUUCCCCGUGGACGGGCUGCUGCAACCGGCGCCCUGUGGUUUCGUGGUUACGGAUGCGUUGGAGCCUGAUCAACCGAUUAUUUAUGUUAAUUCGGUUUUUGAGAUGGUUACUGGAUAUCGAGCUGAAGAAGUCCUUGGUCGUAAUUGUCGGUUUUUGCAGUGCAGGGGUCCAUACGCAAAGCGAAGGCACCCACUGGUGGACUCAACGGUAGUUUCAGAAAUCAGAAGAUGCCUUAAUAAUGGUAUUGAAUUCCAAGGAGAGCUACUAAAUUUCAAAAAAGACGGUACCCCAUUAAUGAACAGACUGCGUAUGACAUCUAUUUACGGUGAUGAUGAUGAAGUAACCCAUAUCAUUGGUAUCCAGUUCUUUACAGAAGUAAACAUUGACCUGGGCCCACUUCCGGGAUCAACAAUAAAGGGAACUGUAAAAACAUCCGAUGUCUUCUGUUCUGGUCUUCUGUCCUCAUGUAUAACUUCAAGCAAGAACAGCGAUUGUUCUACUCAUGAGCUCUGUGGGAUUCUACAAUUAACCGAUGAAGUGCUUUCGCUAAAGAUUCUUUCACGGUUAACACCGAGAGAUAUAGCAUCCGUUGGAUCUGUUUGCAUGCGGUUUUACGAAGUCACCAAGAACGAGGAUUUAUGGAGAAUGGUUUGUCAGAACGCAUGGGGGAGUGAAACGACCAGAGUUCUCGAGACGGUUCCCGGGGCUAAACGGUUGGGAUGGGGUCGUUUGGCGCAGGAGCUCACGACUCUCGAAGCGGCUGCAUGGAGGAAGCUAACCAUUGGCGGUGCGGUCGAGCCGUCCCGCUGCAAUUUCAGCGCGUGUGCAGUUGGGAACCGUGUGGUUUUAUUCGGCGGGGAGGGAGUCAACAUGCAACCGAUGAACGAUACCUUUGUGCUCGAUUUAAACUCAAGCAAACCCGAGUGGCAGCAUAUUAAAGUCGGCUCACCACCCCCCGGUCGUUGGGGUCAUACGCUUUCUUGCGUGAACGGUUCCAAUUUGGUCGUGUUUGGCGGCUGCGGGCUCGAAGGGUUAUUAAACGACGUCUUUUUGUUGGAUUUGGAUGCUAAACAUUUAAUAUGGCGUGAGAUUUCCGGUUUGGCCCCACCACUUCCGCGAUCAUGGCACAGUUCAUGCACUCUCGACGGCACAAAGUUAAUCGUUUCCGGUGGUUGUGCGGAUUCAGGAGUACUUCUUAGCGACACUUUUUUACUCGAUCUUUCAAUGGAGAAACCCAUGUGGAAAGAGAUAUCCGUAUCAUGGACCCCACCAUCUCGUCUUGGUCACACGUUAUCAGUCUACGGUGGAAGAAAAAUCUUGAUGUUUGGUGGUCUUGCAAAGAGUGGGCCCCUGAGGUUUCGGUCAAGCGACGUAUUCACAAUGGAUUUAAGUGAGGAUGAGCCGAGUUGGAGAUCGGUAACCGGGAGUGGAAUGCCGGGUGCUGGUAAUCCAGGUGGCAUAGCUCCACCUCCUCGGCUUGACCACGUGGCAGUCAGCCUUCCUGGUGGGAGAAUACUUGUGUUUGGCGGGUCGGUUGCGGGUCUCCACUCGGCUUCACAACUGUAUAUUCUUGACCCGACUGAGGAGAACCCCACAUGGAGAAUAUUGAAUGUGCCGGGUCGACCACCGAGGUUUGCUUGGGGGCAUAGUACGUGUAUUGUUGGAGGUACACGCGCUAUUGUUCUUGGUGGUCAAACCGGUGAGGAGUGGAUGCUAAGUGAGCUUAAAGAAUUAUCUUUAGCAAGUUACGUCAUCUAAAUUACAAAAAAAAAAGUUUUAAAAAAAUCAUGAACGUGUUACAAGUGGGAUUCAAGGUGGUGUUUGGCUUCUCUUGUUUACAGAUUGUCCCGAAAAAGGUACUAUUUUUGUCAGAUUUGUGCAGAAGUCUUCUUUAGUAUACCCACUUUGGAUUCUUUAUCUUUUUUAGGUUCGCUGUAAUUCACAGAUUAAGUAGGGUUAGCCGUAUGAUACAACAUAGAUAUCAGUUUCAUCAUGUACUUUGAACCCUGAAAAAGAGUAAGAACUAAAACACUGAAAGAAGAUGGUGUUUCUGGCGCUUCUAGUUGUAUAUAACGGUACAUAUUGGUGUGGCCCUGUAGGUGAGGACCCUUUAUUGGUACAUAUUGGCGGAAUAUAUAGCGGUUGUAAUAAUCGUGUUGUGUGGGCUUUUAUCUUCUUUGUUUGUCUUACCUUUUUAUUACUUGCAGAGGUAGGGCUUUGGAUGCUGCUUUCAGCUUGUGAGCCUUGUUCAAUUUAUUUCAUACACUUGCUUUCAUGUUAUAAUCUUUGACACUGGACCCAUGACUAAUUAGUUGUAAAGUAUGGAUUAUCAUGGAUUUAGCUAAUAUCUAUGAACUCGACUUGAUGUGGUGGUCACUUUAGCAGGCUAACUUUUUGCUGCGCAGUGAACCGGGUCGAUUCUAGAACUCAAGUUUGGUGAGCAGGAUCUAGGCAGUUUGAUGAUGAGAUCAUUGGUUUAGUUGUUGACUGCAGAACUGAAGAGUUGUACAUUAUAUUUUUUUAUAUCUAUGGUUGGAUACUUGGAUGCUACUGUUUGGUCAAAAGCCUAGUUUUGUGAACC